AAAAGAAAAAGAAACGGAUUGGAAAAUUCAGGAAAAUCUUUUCUAGGUUAGAGGUUUCACUCAACACCUUUUCAUGCUCGUUCCUUCUUCUUUUUUUAUUUUUAUUUUUUCUUUCUCCUUCAAGUCUUUUCUGUUUCUUCAGCUGGCGAGCACCCCUUCGGUUGCUGCUGAAUUUUUGGGUUCUUGGUCGGAAGGUUAGUCUGGCUGAGAUAGUUGGUCUUUGCAAUACCCAGUUGAUAGGGUCAGUAUGGUAUAUGGCGAAUUUUGUCGGCUGAUUUUCUGGGUUCUGGGUGUGUGUUCUGAAGCAGAAAAUCGAGAAAGCGAUAGAAGGAACAUCUUUCUUUAAGGGGGGGGGCCUUGAUGGGUUGCCUCAGAUCCAGGAAAUUCAUGUGUUUUUGUGGAAAAGGUUGCCUUUUUUGGGGUUAACUUGUGAUUCUUGUGCAGUUUUCUACCUUUUCCGGUUCUUUAUCGUGACAAUCCUUUUCUUCCUCUUCCUGGGUUUGGGAUUUGGAUAAGAGCUUGAAUCAGGUUGUUGCCACAUCAUGUAAAUGUGUUUAAGGUUUGGUGGUGGGUUAGAAAUUGUUUUGUCCUUUCUGGGGCUGGAGGAAGAAUCGGGAAGAACUUAAUGGACUAUAUAAGCCCUUGACGGAAUCUGAUAAACAAACUGCAAACUUCUUUGAUUUUUCCGGAGCUGAAGAUGUAGAUCUGGUCUCAGUCGUCAGAUCCGAUUACCCUUUUGAUACAUCCGUCAAUUUCUCCUCAUGCCCAUCUUUUUAUAUGAAUCUCGAAUUCACUUCCUGUUAGCUCUCUUAUUGGUUCGAGAUUGGGAGUCAACGACACAAGAAUGAGAUGGUGUUGCUCAGUCUCAGUCUUGGAACUUUUGUGCCCAUCUCCUUCUUGAUCGAUGGAAAUUGAGGGGAGUUGAGGAUGACCAUUAAUGAUACCGCAUAGAGCAUUUGUGACAACAUAAAAAGUGAGGAUGUGUUGCUCAGUCCCACAAACAUUUGUGCGGUCUCCUUGUUGAGUGAUGGAAAUUAAGGGGAGUUGAGAAUAGCCAUCAACAAUACCAAAGAGAGCAUCUAUAUGGAAGAAAUGUCUCCAGCCAUUGCAGUAACUCUUAGUGUAGGUAAUCUGGUACGUGAUAACUCUGGGAUUUCAUCCUCUGCGGAAAUUACACGGCUCAAGCUUGUGACAAACGCUUCAAAUCUGGUGUCCACUGAGUCUGUAUUCUGUUGCCGUGUUGAUACUGCUGAUUCUAGUUAUGUGAGCAAUUUGGCCACGGAUAUGGCACGCGAUGAUGGUGGUGGUGGAGCUAAUGAGUCGGUGAUGGCGACUGAGAAGGGAGAUCAUUUGGUUCCUAAUGAUAACUCGAUGCAAGAUAAUGAUGAGGAUGAGAUUAUGUCAGUUGGGGAAGACACCAGCUUGGUUACCGCCGAUGAGUUAUUAGCAACAGGCCAAGUGGUGAUAAAAGCAGUAGAAAAUGAUCAAGUUCUGGCUGAGGCCAUAAUUUUGGGAAAUUCCGAGGUUCCUGCAAGUGAACUUAUAGCAGCAGUGAGUUCACAAGCUGAAGGCUCUGAUAUUUCAAUCCUGAAGGCUGCUGCUGUGGUUUCUCAGCUUCCAAAGAAGAAGAGUCUCACCAAAGGAGGCAUAAGGAGUGUUUUCGAGCUAGAUUGUAUACCUCUCUGGGGCUCGGUGUCUUUAUGUGGGAAAAGACCAGAGAUGGAAGAUGCUGUUACAACAGCAUCACGGUUCAUGAAAAUUCCUAUCAAAAUGCUUGUUGGUGAACACAUGAUUGAUGGGAUUAGCCCAAAUUUAACUCAUGUAACCAGUCACUUCUUUGGUGUUUACGAUGGCCAUGGAGGUUCUCGGGUUGCUGACUAUUGUUGUGAGCGGAUCCACCUGGCUUUGGCUGAAGAAAUAGGACAGGUCAAAGGUAACAUAGGAAAUGGAAGUGUUGGGGAAGCUAGGCAAGUAAUGUGGGAAAGAGCCUUCACUAAUUGCUUUCAAAGAGUUGAUGAUGAGAUAGGAGGAAAAGUAAGCAGAGGCAUCCCUUCUGAUCAUGGAAAUGCUUCAGCUGCCAGUUUCAAGCCAGUUGCCCCAGAAACAGUCGGUUCAACAGCUGUUGUUGCUCUGGUAUGCUCUUCCCACAUUAUAGUUGCAAAUUGUGGUGAUUCGAGAGCAGUCCUCUUGCGUGGCAAAGAAGCCAUGCCCCUGUCAGUGGAUCACAAGCCAGAUACAGAGAAGGAGUAUGCUCGAAUUGAUGCAGCUGGGGGCAAGGUCAUACAGUGGAACGGCUACCGUGUCUUCGGUGUUCUUGCAAUGUCAAGGUCAAUUGGCGAUAGGUACUUGAAACCCUGGAUAAUCCCGGAACCCGAGGUGACAUUUGUCCCUCGAGCUCGGGAAGACGAGUGCCUUAUCGUAGCAAGUGAUGGGUUGUGGGAUGUGAUGACCAAUGAGGAGGCAUGCGAGGUGGCGCGGAGGCGGAUUUUGCUGUGGCACAAGAAGAAUGGGGUUCCUUCAUCGCCCUUGGAGAGGGGCAAAGGGGUUGACCCUGCAGCACAAGCUGCCGCUGAUUACCUCUCGGUGCUCGCGCUUGACAAGGGAAGUAAGGACAACAUCUCGGUGAUUGUGGUCGACUUGAAGGCUCAAAGGAAGUUCAAGAGCAAAGACAUGAUGGAGACACGUUCACCCGCCGGCACCGGCCACCUGGGGCAAGAGUAACUAAUAAAAAUAUUAGAGAACCAAAGUGAUUGUAAGGGGACAUAAACUUUGGUCCAUCCAUUUUUCUCAUGGGCUUCAAUGUUUGUGCGAGAUAAUAAAAAGUAGAGUGUUAUCAUACUAAAGGUAGUAGCGGCAAGCGCACCUCCAACGCUAUCCCUUUGUGGACAUGUUGAGACCUGUUUUCAGCAACAGUUCGACUGAUGUUGUUGUGUAACCGCUGAUGUUAAGUUAAAGUUCAUUACCUUUUAGUGCUUA